AUGGCUCUCUUUGUCAUCCUGGUGAUUUGCCUGUCUUGUUUGAUUUUUCUUUCCCUGUGGAAUCAGCACUAUGGCAAAGGGAAGCUCCCACCUGGACCCUCUCCUCUUCCAAUUGUUGGAAAUGCUUUGCAAGUGGAUAUUAAAAAUAUCAGCAAAUCUCUGAGCCUGCUAGCAAAAGAAUAUGGCCCUGUGUUCACUGUGUAUCUGGGCAUGAAGCCCACGGUGGUGCUGCAUGGAUACGAAGUAUUGAAGGAAGCUCUGGUUGACCGGGGAGAUGAGUUUUCUGGCAAAAUGCAAUCAUCAUUACUCAGUAAAGUCAGCCAAGGGUUAGGCAUCAUUUUCAGCAAUGGAGAAAUAUGGAAGCAAACGAGGCGUUUCUCCCUCAUGGUCUUAAGGUCUAUGGGGAUGGGAAAGAAAACUAUCGAAGACCGAAUUCAGGAGGAAGUCCUUCAUCUAUUGGAAGCACUGAGAAAAACCAAUGGGUCUCCCUGUGACCCUAGCUUCCUUCUGGCCUGUGUUCCCUGCAAUGUGAUCUCUGCUGUCAUUUUCCAGCAUCGUUUUGACUACAAUGAUGAGAUAUUCCAAGAGUUUGUGGAGAAUUUUUAUAGAACUGUUAAAACUUUAGCAUCACCUUGGGCUCAGCUGUGCAGUGCCUACCCUGUGUUGUACCGUCUCCCAGGAAGCCAUAACAAAUUCUUUAAACAUGUAACUGAACAGAGAGAGUUUAUUUUGAAGGAAAUAAAAAGGCAUCAAGAAUCUCUGAACCUCAGUAACCCUCAGGACUUUAUAGACUAUUUCCUGAUUAAAAUGGAAAAGGAAAAACAGAAUAAAAACUCAGAAUUUACCAUGGAAAACCUGGUCAUCACCAUAUCGGACCUUUUUGGUGCGGGAACAGAGACAACAAGUUCCACAAUAAAAUAUGGGAUUUUGCUCCUGCUGAAGCAUCCAGAGGUCACAGCUAAAAUUCAAGAAGAAAUUACACGUGUGAUUGGCAGACAUCGGAGCCCCUGCAUGCAGGACAGGAACCACAUGCCCUACACAGAUGCUGUGCUGCAUGAGAUCCAGAGAUACAUUGACUUUGUUCCCAUUCCCUUGCCUCGUAAAACAACACAGGAUGUGGAAUUCAGAGGAUACCACAUUCCCAAGGGCACAAGUGUAAUGGCAUGUCUGACAUCUGUCCUACAUGAUGAGAAAGAAUUUCCCCACCCAGAGAAGUUUGACCCUGGCCACUUUCUGGAUGAGAGAGGCAACUUCAAGAAGAGUGACUACUUCAUGGCUUUCUCAGCAGGCAAAAGAUCUUGCCUUGGAGAAGGUCUGGCCCGCAUGGAGAUGUUUUUAAUCCUGACCAACAUUUUACAGCAUUUUACUUUAAAACCUCUGGUCAAUCCAGAGGACAUUGAUACCACCCCAGUUCUAACUGGCCUGUUGUCUUUGCCUCCAUCCUAUGAGCUCUGUUUCAUUCCAGUCUGA